ACCAUUUCUCUUUCAUCUAGGCUCGAAUGAACCAACCCAACCCAGGCUGCAUCAUUCCCCAUCUCUCACCCUUCCUCUCCCGGUGGGUCGAUCCCAUUUACUGCCCCAGGUGCAAUCGAAUCCCUCAAGAAAGCCACGAUCCUGCGCGAUCCCCAUGAUCGAUGGAGGCCGGAUCUCCGCCUGCCGCGCCUCCCGACCCAUUCGAUGAGUUCUUCCCCCAGCAACAGAGCCAGGGCUCCGACGACGACGACGCCGACUCCAACUACUCGUCCUGCGACGGCGAGGUCUCCGAACUCGAGCGGUAUUGCAGCGCCAACUCGGUGCUCGGCAGCGCCAGCCUCUGCAGCUCCGUCGGGAACUACGGCGACCUGCUCGAUUUCUCCGACCUCAGCGGCGGGAUCGAGAAUUCCCUGAGGGCUCGGCCCAACGGAGGCGCCGCUGCCCCUUGGGAUCGAUUCGACCCACCCUCGGAUGAGGGCGGGGUCGCGUCGCCGAGGGACGUUGGUCCCUCCUGGUCCCGACGUCUUAUGGCCUUUUCGGAUCGAACGGGUUCGUUGCAUCCUGCAUCUGUUGAUCCUCCAGGCGACGGCACGCCGGUUAGGGAAAUUGAGGGCCGGCAGGAAAUAGUGUCGAGUAACCGGAAAGUGGUAGACUUUUUGGCUCGAGAUGAGAUCUCUGCAGGACAUAAUGAUGGAUGUUCUUGUGCGGUAGAGGUUUAUUCUUCGGGGAACUUUGACUCUUACCCUGAUGCUGAAAGCAGGAUGAUGAUGGAUGCAGAUGAGGAUACAUACUCCAGAGAUGAACAUUCCGACGGUGAGGACUCAAUGCUUGAAUACAGUUCAGAUUGCCAUAAUUCAAGUGAUCGGUAUGAGAAAAGGAAAUCACUGUGCAUUGAUGAGAUUAAACGUGACAACCCAAAUCCACUUCUUAUGAACUCAUCCAUAGCUUUCGGUUCUGAUGAUUUGGAUGAGCUAGUGCGUGAGUGUGACGGACUUGGUUUACAAUGUCCAUCGCUUUACCAAGACCAACCUACUUUCCAGUCAGUUGUGCCAUCAAAAGGUUCCAUUCAUGAUGUGGAUAAAGAAGAGGAUGUCAUAGAUGUAUCAGCACCGAGUUGUCAACUCCAUGGCACUGAUCAACCUAACCAGAAUGUAAGACUUUCUCCCAUCAAGAACCCUCUGGAUGAUCAUGAAAUUUCAAAGAAGGGUAAGUCUCUUCCAGGAGAAGAUACCAUAGAAGAUCAAAUCAAAUCCAUGCACAAAGGUCUCAAAGGAGAUAUCUGUUCCAUAUAUAAUGGGAUAAUUUCAGAUAUUGAUGUGGAUGAAGCUCCAGAAAAACAGGUGUUUAGUGAAUCAACUCCUGCUGACCAUGAUACUAUGGCAUAUUCUUCUGUUUCAGCUGGUGCAUUUCAGAGAGAAGAAUUCUUGUGUCAAGAACAUGAUAAGCCAAGUUUGUCCCCACCAGUGGUCCUCAAUGGCCAGGGCUCAAGUUUCCAAAUAGAGUUGAACAGGACUGCAAAUCUUACAGACUUAGCAGAAGAGGAUAUUUUUACUGAUCAGAACAAGAAACAAGAUGCUGGUGAUGCAUAUGAUGAAAUGGUUCUGGAGAUGGAGGAAAUUUUACUAGAUACAGGAGAGUCCAUCGGAAUCAGGUCCGUGGCCAACCAAGGGUACUUAAAUCAUCAGUCUCAUCAUUUUAGAGAUGGUAGCUCAACCGCUUCUACUUCAGGCACAGAUGAUGUUUAUCCACCUGCUCAAUAUCCCUCCAGAAUUGAUUGGGUUGAGGUCAUUGGAGCAAAACAGAAAAUAGGAGAUGUUUCUUUUGGGGAACGAUUGGUUGGUGUCAAGGAGUAUACUGUAUAUGUAUUAAAAGUGUGGAGUGCUAAUGAUCAAUGGGAAGUUGAACGACGGUACCGUGAUUUCUUUGCACUUUAUCAGCAUCUAAGAACUCUUUUUUCUAACCACGAUUUAAGUCUUCCAUCCCAAUGGUCCUUCGUUGAGAGAGAAUCAAUGAAAAUUUUUGGAAAUGCAUCACCAGAUGUUGUCAGCAAGAGGAGUGUUCUUAUUCAAGAUUGUUUGCACUCAGUUCUUAACUCAAGAUACCCUUUUGGAUUUCCAAGCCCUCUGCUCUGUUUUUUGUCCCCAGGCAAGAUGGCUUAUAAUUCUAGCUUGUUAAAAACUCUAGUUCCCCAAUCCCUUAAAAAGCUUGGGAAGGGUUGGAAUUCAAAGUUUUCAACUUAUAAGGAUUCUCCAGAAGAUCAUUCUGAAUUGGGGAAGACAAUACCUCUUGUGGUUGACAUAAAGCCUCGAAAGUCUAUGCAACAGUUGUUGGAAUUACAGCAUUAUACUUGUGCAGGAUGCCACAAACAGUUGGAUGUUACAAAGACAUUGCUGGGGGAGCUUGUUCAGACAUUAGGAUGGAGAAGGCCACGGUUUUGUGAGUAUACUGGUCAGUUAUUUUGUGCAUCAUGUCAUACAAAUGAUACUUCAGUUCUGCCAGCAAAAGUCUUACAUCACUGGGAUUUUUCUCUUUAUCCGGUUUCUCAGUUAGCAAAAGCAUAUUUGGAAUCCAUUUAUGACCAGCCAAUGCUCUGUGUGAGUGCAAUGAAUCCCUUUCUGCUUUCGAAAGUACCAGCUUUGCUUCAUGUUAUGGGUAUCAGGAAGAAAAUAAGUGCCAUGUUCCCAUAUAUUCGCUGUCCUUUCCGAACCUCCAUUCAGAGAGGCCUUGGAUUUCGCCGACAUCUUCUUGAAAGUAAUGACUUUUUUGCACUACGAGAUCUUGUCGAUCUAUCAAAAGGGGCGUUUGCAGCACUUCCCAUCAUGUUAGAAACUGUUUCAAAUAAGAUCCUCGAGCACAUCACACAACAGUGCCUUGUGUGCUAUGACACUGGUGUUCCUUGUGCCGCCCGGCAAGUCUGUGAUGACCCGAUGUCUCUCAUAUUUCCCUUUCAGGAAGCUGAAGCUGCUAGGUGUGGUUCCUGUGGGUCCAUCUUCCACAAGCCUUGCCUUGCAAAGGUGAUCAUCUGCCCUUGUCGCAAGCCAACUGGUGCAACCAAAAAUCUAAGUAUCCAAGGUCAUGUUGAGAGUGAGGAACCAUUGGAUGAACUGAUUUUACCUUCAAAUUCCAAUUCAGCUUCAAAUUUAUUCUCUAAUGCUUUACUUAAGGCAAAGCCAGACAGAAUAUGGAGGCCUAAAAACCGAAGCCCUGUGAUUCUCAUGGGUUCUUUACCAAGCAGUUGAUUGUAAUUACAAUAGUAUCUUUUUUUUCCACUGGACUAUGUUGAGGUGGCUGAUUUUGCUGAACGUGGGACUUCAGGAUGUGCCAGUAUUAUGACAUUGCACCAGAUGACAAGCGGGAUCAAUGUAUUCUUUGUUGGAGAUCUGCUAAGUAAUAACAGGAAGCCAUGUAAAAUUUCUUGCUGUAUCUAUUGGAUUCUUCUGAAAGAACCUUUUUAUAUGCCAUUGUUCCUGCA